AGGAGGUGGUGUGAGGCAACCAUGGCGGGAGGAAUCAAAGUGGCUGUGCGGUCGGCGGUUGGUCCCGGGCCCCGGACGGGGGCCAGGGGCUGUGGCGCCGCGUGGCUGCUCCUUGUCGUCUCCGGCUGCGUGGUCUCCGUCGCAGCUGGAAUUAAUGUAAAUGUGGUCAUGCUUCAGGAGUCCCAAGUUGAUAAAAAUUCCAGUCAACAAUUCUGUUAUAAAAAUGUACUUAUCCCAAAGUGGCAUGAUAUAUGGACACGGAUACAGAUCCGGGUAAAUAGUUCCAAAUUGGUCCGAGUCACCCAGGUGGACAGUGAGGAGAAGCUGAAGGAGCUAGAGCAGUUUAGUAUCUGGAACCUUUUUUCUUCUUUUUUAAAAGAGAAGUUGAAUGACACCUAUGUUAACGUGGGUCUGUACAGCACAAAAACCUGCCUCAAAGUUGAGAUUAUAGAGAAGGACACCAAAUACAGUGUCAUAGUGACCCGGAGAUUUGACCCCAAACUCUUUCUUGUUUUCCUCCUUGGACUUAUGCUAUUUUUUUGCGGAGACUUGUUGAGCAGGAGUCAGAUUUUCUACUAUUCCACUGGGAUGAGCGUGGGGAUCGUGGCCUCUCUGUUAAUCAUCAUUUUUAUGCUCUCCAAGUUUAUGCCCAAGAGAAGUCCCAUUUAUGUCAUCCUGGUAGGAGGCUGGUCCUUUUCUCUGUACCUCAUUCAGUUAGUUUUUAAGAAUUUACAAGAGAUAUGGAGGUGCUAUUGGCAUUAUCUUCUAAGCUACAUCCUCACAGUUGGAUUCAUGAGUUUUGCAGUGUGCUACAAGUAUGGGCCCUUGGAGAAUGAACGGAGUAUCAACCUGCUGACCUGGACGUUGCAGCUGAUGGGCCUGGGUUUCAUGUAUUCCAGCAUCCAGAUGCCACAUAUUGCCUUUGCUCUUAUCAUCGUUGCACUGUGUACUAAGAACCUGGAGUACCCUAUUCACUGGCUGUACAUCACCUACAGAAGGAUGUGCAAGGCAGCAGAAAAGCCUGUCCCCCCUCGCCUCCUGACAGAAGAAGAAUAUCGGAUACAAGGAGAGGUAGAGACCCAAAAGGCUUUACAGGAGCUCCGAGAGUUUUGUAACAGUCCAGAGUGCUCUGCCUGGAAGACCAUAUCUCGAAUUCAGUCUCCAAAAAGAUUCGCCGACUUUGUGGAAGGUUCUUUUCACCUCACGCCAAAUGAAGUUUCUGUUCACGAGCAGGAGUAUGGAUUAGGGAGCAUAAUUGCCCAGGAUGAGGAGCUGUCCUCAGAGGAGGAGAGCUCAGAGUACCCUACUCUCACACAGAACAGCUUCCUGACUUAGAUGGCAGCCGGUUAUUUUGUGUAGAUGGACAUGGUGCCUUGAUGAUCUAUGUUGUAAGUGCUAUGCAGUUCUCCCAGGCCUUUGUAACAGCCUGGAGAGGGCACAGGGGCCCUACUCAAUGAGCGGCUGAGUGGGCUACCCUCCUGCAGGACUUCUGGUGGUCUCCAAGGGAUCCCUGAGGAAGACUGGAGGAUAGUGAGUGCUGUGGUAGCUUGCUUCCGGCAAUUGAGUGCUUGCUGUACUUUCUGUGCCUGAAGAGGUUGGUUGGCCAUGGCCAGCAUGACAUGGUAGCUCCUGUUUGAAAGUUCACUGACUUCUGGCAACGUUGUCACUGACAAACCCUCAAAAAUGAAUAUUAAGUGCAGUGAUGGGUUCAGACAGAGGCUGCACCUUCUAAAGAGAGUCUGAGCCAUUUUUAAUUCUGCUUCUAUUUCAGUGGAUCCUUAUAACAAUCCUUGAUUUAGCUAUUGAAGAAAAAAGAUUGUUGCCUGUCUUGUUCUUUUAAGCACAUGUAUUUUUUUUAAUGCAACAAAUCCGUGUUCUAGAACCAAUAAGUUCUCCAGAGUACAAAACCCCACUGACCCCAGAUAUCUAUUGGUAUAGAUAUUCCAUGAGAACCCCUAGAGCUGUUGUUGUUGAUCCUUGGAUUCUCACGACUCUGAAAUUCUGAGCUUGCUCCAUUUAGAAAUGUUUGCUGGCCCUUCUGUAGGUUCGGCUUCCCAAGCUUCUUAUUUUGUUAACAUUGGCACUUCUCUCCUGGCAUUUCUCACCACUCAUUUCUCCCACUCAGGAAGGAUCUGCUCCUUAUUUGUGGAGUAUAUACAGUUCAGAAGUUGAUUCAUUUUCCUCUUUGCCUCCUUCUUUACUCUUUCCCUUUUCUUUUCUAACACUGGAUUCCCUUUGCAUCUAACAGUUUUGUUUUUACUUUUCCUUUCUGGCUCUGGGUCUUGCUGUGUCUUAGUCUGGUCCUUUAACUCAGCCUUUCUGUGCUAGAAUUUUAUGCCUAUGCUGCUGUACCAACCUUCUUUUUUUUCUUCUUUUUCAUUUUUUUGAGACAUGGUUUCUCUGUGUAGCCCUGACUGUCCUGGAACUUACCUAGUAGACCAGGCUGUCCUCAAAUUCAGAGACGUUAUUCCCCUGCUUCUGCUUCCCAAGUGCUGGGACUAAAGGUGUGUGCCACCACUGGCUGGCAUGCCAAAUUUCUUGUGUUGUUUCACACACACACACACACAUAUGUAUAUUCCCUUUGCUUUCCUCCAUUAUAACUGGGUAGAGAAGUCUUGUUUACCGCCCCUCACCCCCCCAGCCAGAUGACAUAUCUUUUGAGUUACUACACAAUCGAGAAACUGCACCAGGGCUGAAGAUGUAGAUCAGUGGUAGGACAUUAUUGGGUCAGCACGAGAGGCCCUGAUUGGAUCAUUAGCACCACAACAAAACAAAACCAAUCUUACCUCCUUGUCCCUUGUCAUCUUUUAUAUGCCUGUUCUGCCCAUUUAGCCUUUGUUAGCACCUGCAUGCUCCCAGAUCUAUUAGGUUUCUUUUUAUAUGAUUUUAGUUAUGUAGCUGUCACACUUUCCAUGGCAGAGACUAGACUCUGAGGUGUGCUUCCUGUCUCUGAUGUUCAUUCAGCUGUCUGCAUUAGAUGCGAUCCCCCAGAAUUUACUAUACUUACAGUUCCAUUUCUGUAGAGAUACAAUGCCUCUUGCUGCAGUGAUGUUAGCUUCAGAAUACUUUGCCAUUGCAGAUACCUGUAGGAGCUGGCAAUAUCAUUUAUGAGGAAGCAGACUCUCAAGGUUCUGCCGUUUGCUUGGUUCUUUCAUUGUGAUCUUCACCAUCACAUUGGAAGAAGUGUGUAGCUUUUAAUUCCUUCAGCCAGGGAGGUAGGUGCUUGCUCACGUGGGUGUACAGCCUCAGAUUCACUGUCUUAGGAUCAUUGAUGAGGAAGGUGGUAUUUUCAGGACGCUCAUACGGCGUCUUCAGACCUGCUGUCAGCAUGUCAUUUUGAAAGAUCCUGGGCUCUACUGCUAGCAUCCAAAAUGUCAGCUGAGACACUGCUCCAGGUGGCCAGUUAGGUAUUUCAACCAAUGUUCCCCAUAGCCUUAAAUUGUCCUAAAGUGACAACUACCUCAGUUGUUAGAAAGUAAUAAGGAGAAAUGGAAAAAUGAGCAUUAUUUGAGCAGAUGCUAUAGGUUAAAGCUGUAGAAUACAAUAGUAAGGAACAUUUUUGUCUUUGUGAAUUAUGAAUAUGGUAAAAAUUUGUCCCUUUUCAAAGAGCUGUCAAAGCAUUUGAAGGGUGGGGACACAGCUCAGGUUUAGUGCUUGUCGCACAGGCACAGGGCUGGGUUCACUCCUGGCAUCACAGAAACAAAGCCCAUUGCUAACAACAAAGGCCUCCAGAAUGCACUAUUUUGGAGCCUUCUCUUUAGAAAUUACAUGUAUUACCUAAUAUAUUUUAAUGUGAAAAAGAAUUCAGCUGUAUAAGUGGUGUUAGUUCUUGGGAGACCUUGGUGCCUUUCCCCAGAUCACUCCUCCAAAUGGAGGAGGCGUCUGACUUAUAUUUUUAUUUUAAUUAUAAAUCACUGUGAAUGAUUUCUCUCUUCUGUGUGGUUAACUCCCUGUGAAAUAUAGAUUUCAUUUCAAGGCCAUUUUUAAAACUGUAUUUGAAUUUGGGGUGAGUAAAGCAAGCUCAUCUUCUUACCCGCCCCCUGGUAGUUGGAGAACUGAGUGCUGUGAUCGCUGCUCUCAGGCAUGAAGGACGGGGCCUCUUUUGAAUGCUGUGUAUCCUUGACCUGGCUGCCUGUGCGGCUCUGCUGGGUGUUUCUGAGCCUCUGUGUGCCCCGAUACUGCUUGACUCAGCUCAGUCUCAUCCCUUAGGCUUGUCUCACCUGUGAUUGAAGGGGGGAACUGGAGUGAGCUGGACACUGGAGCCCUGUCUUUUGCCGUGUCAGCGUCUUGCUCAGCAACCAUCAAGCCCUAAAUUGGUUCCAGGGCUCAGGGUCUCAUCAGUAUUGGAAAUCGAUUGCAUCUAAUUGGUCUGACCAGAGUUUAUGGAACAUGUUUCCCUUUGCUGGGAACACAAGAGGCAACUGGCAUAAAACUUGACAGUUCUCUUUCCUCAUGAGAACACAGUGACCAAAGCCAAGAAAAAGUGAGCAGCUUUGAUAAGAGCUAGUUUUGUUGUUGUUGUUGUUGUUGCUUCAUGCCUAAAAUUCCAUUACCAAAUCCAAGGAAAUUUUUCUGGCUAGCUUUUAGGCCAACUUGACACAAGGUGGGGUUAUAUGCAAUAAAGGAAUCUUAAUCAAGAAAAUGCCUCCUAUGAUUGGUCUAUAGGCAAGUCUGUUGAACAUUUUUUUGGUUUAUGAUUUAUGUGGUCCACCCUGCCCAUUGUGAGUGGUGCUAUGCCUGGGCAGGUAGUUCUGGGUUUCAUAAGAAAGCAAGCUGAGCAAACUAUGGCUAGCAAGCCAAUAAGCAGCAUACCUCCAUGGAUUCUGUUUCAGUUCCUGCCUCCAGUUUACUGCCUACCUUUCUUGUACUGACUUCCCUCAGUGAUGGAAGUACUGUAAGCUGAAAUAAACCCUUUCUUCCUCAAAAAAAGAAAAAAAAAAAAAAGAGCUAGUUCCCCACCCACAUUCUUACGUCAACAGUGGUGCUUUGCUGGUGAUAGUUUUUUGAGUCCCACUGUUGCCCUCUAAGCAUAUAACCUCCCAUCCUAGGGCAUAGCCCGCUAUUAAUCAGCUGUACUUCCUUUAGCUUACUCUACUUGGUGUGGGUUACCCAAGUCAGCCAGAGAAUCCUCACAGGCCUGGAUACCCAUGAAGGGUUUGGGCAUGGGUUGCAUAAUUGUCCUUACUAUUUCUAGGGGGAAAAAAAAGAUGAGCUGAGAUGGACUCCCGUGUUAACAUGGUCCCUAGCGGUGUCCUGAUAACUCUUAUGAACUGAAUGGUAAAAGUUGAAGUAUGAGUACAGAAAACUAAGUGCCCUUCUAGUAGUCCUCUUUCUCAGGUCUAGCAUAUUGUCUAUAUUUGAAUGCUAAGAAUUUUUUCUGAACGCAAGGGAGGACAGUGGGGCAGAUUUACUGAGCUUUUUGCCUUAGCUAGGCACUGAAACCAAAGGGUAAACACACAGAGGAGCCGAUGCACACAACAAGUAUGCCUAAUUCCUUUGCUUGUAUUCACAUAGCAGAAAGUAUUUCUUUGGGGAGAACUUUGGCAAUUUUUGUGGUGUCUUAGUGAGGUAACUAUGGAUUCUGUUGCUGUUGCAGUCCCUGUGGUUACUACCUUGAAAAGGUGCUUUGAAAGUCCGGCAUGAUAGUGUGUGCCUGAACUUGGAAGGUUGAAGUGACAGGAUCACUUGAGUCUGCACUUUUGAAAUUGGCAGGGGCAACAAUGGAGACCCAGUCUCAAAACAGGAAGGCAAAGUGUUAGGUGCCUUACAUGGCAGGACCUAGAAGCCAUGGGGACUAAACAAAGCAUGUGAAUGUCACUGUUAGUCCUUUAACCUCAGCAGGGACAGACAUGGUCAUGGAGAUCACACAACUGUGUCAUUUUUCUUUUAUACUUUUUUUUUUCGGGGCCUGGUAUUGUUUAGACAGGGUACCACUAUAUAGCCCAGGCUAGCCUCGAACUCAUGGCAGCCUUGUCUUGGCCGCUGAGUUGCUGGGAUUGCAGGCGUGAGCCACCAUGCCUAGCUUCCUCUUUCAUGCUCUUGGUGAUAACUUGAAAAUGGUGAAGUCACUUGUUUGAACUUGUGGGCAGUGUGAGCAUCACUGUUGAUUUGAACUUGUGGGCAGCGUGAGCAUCACUGUCAGGACAGAUUGCCCCUGAUGUGAACCUUAGAGCCUAUCAACUUGCAGUGGCAACAGUUUCCAUGCCUAUAGGAUUGAUACUGAAAUAACAGGGCUAAGAAACUACUAGGUAAGUUUUAGCCUGUGGGUAAUGCCUUAGUGUUAUUUAGAUAAAAUAGUUGUCAUUAAUACGUAAUAAAUGUUAAGGAAUGUAAGAAAAACUGAUGUUGUGUAUUUUUUUUAAUUUUUAUUAU